GCAGCAGGGCUUCUAGUUCGGCCACUGGUCCCCGCCAACGCGCUCUUUUUUCUUCUCUGCCGUCUCCACCACCACCCUUUUCUUCCUCUCCAUCCUCGUCCGCCGCAAUUGCGAUCCUCCUCCUGCCGUCCAGCCAUCGCGCCAUUCCUAUCUUUCUACUAGAAGCAGGAAUUUUAGAGACCGUGGUUUGAAUCUUAAAAAGUAAAAGAGGGAAUUAUGGAAGAAAAAGUCAGCUGAAAUGGGAAUCAUGGAAAUUUCCCUGUGGGAGUUUUCUACGCAAUUAAAUGGUGGUUUCAAGCUUUAAUUUCUGAGAAGCAUAUAAGGCCUCCGAUUCUUUGGUUCUCUUUUUCGUAAAUGGAAAAAGAAGCUUCAGAGCGACGAAGCUCCAAGAAGGCCAAGAGAGAUGAAAACUUCAAUUACACAAUCGGUGAAUUUGCUGUUCAGUGUUAUAAGUGCUUCAAAUGGAGACUGAUACCCACAAAAGAUGAGUAUGAAACUAUUCGACACAAUUUUAUUGAGGACCCUUGGUACUGCAACAAGAACCCAAAUGUUACUUGUGAUGAUCCUGGUGAUUUAGAGUGUGAUGAAACUCGAAUAUGGAUGAUUGAUAAGCCCAACAUCCCUAAACCACCAGCCGGAUUUGACAGGAACAUAGUCUUGAGGAAGGAUUACUCAAAAUCCGAUUCUUUCUAUGCGACUCCAACAGGGAAGAAGGUGAGAGCUCCUGCUGAGGUUGAGAAGUUCCUUGAAGCAAAUCCUGGAUAUAGAGAUGCUGGAGUGUCUGUUUCUUCUUUCAACUUCUCAGUUCCAAAAAUGAUGGAUAACAAUCAGAAGGCCGCCAAUGUCACACCUGGCAGUGGUAAGAAAAAAUAAGCUUGAAGAAAGUGCUAUGUUCUAAUGUUGUAUUCAAUUUUGGACUGGCAAUCCCAUUUUGCAUUGACGCCUUCUCCUGGAUUUGUCUGUAAGAUGUACUUCUAAUCAAGCAACACAUCCCAUUUUGAGUUCAUUCCAAACUCUUUUUGACGCCUUCUCCUGGAUUUGUCUGUAAGGACUUCUAAUCAAGCAACACAUCCCGUUUUGGGUUCAUUCCGAACUCUCUUUUAUUCCUUUUUCUACCAUUUGUCUGUAAGAUGUACUUGUAAUCGAGAGACGUCAAGAUAUGUAUCUCUUGUUUGACAGUGAGAGAACUUAACAACAGUUCAGUCUCUAUGCAUCUACCGCUCA